GCGGUGGGUUACUGCUGUGGUAGCUCGUAUUCACCCGAGCGAUGCCAGCAUGCGGAAGUUCAGCGCUGCGAGCUCCGCCCUAGGCAAUGCCUCGUUCCUCUUGCGAGGAUCUGACCACGUUCGCAAGCCGGAGGUGGUCCGUACUCCAGUGCCGAAACGUCAUGGGUACGAGUGCUGCAAGGCUGCACAAAUGGUCCUGCCGUCGACGUGUCAUCAACCGGCGGUAUAACAGAGGGCUGUUGAAACUGCGGGAGGAAUUCUGCGUCCAGAUCGAGGUGACGUCUCUAUCAAAGUAGCACUGCUUCGUCUCUUUGCGAGAGGAGAUCGUUCGGAAAUAGAUGGUUUUGACCGAACUGCAACACAGGUGGUCGAAGAUGUCCUCUUGUGGGGAGAUCGUGGUGGUUCACUGUUACUGCCACCUGCACCGAGCUGGCUCUGCAGCAAGGGCAUCUUUCUGGAGCAAGAGUCUGUAAGGUAGUACGAUGUCAAGGCACGUGUGG